CAAGAAAGGACUUCUGGGUCACGGGGUCUAUGGCAUCCCCACAGCUCGCGGGGAAAUGGCAAGUGCUGUCUAUGUUGUCCUUGUGCUGCUGUGGCUGGGUGUCUGGGCAGCUUUGUUAUUCAGUGGUGGAGGAAUCUGAGCCGGGGACUUUGGUGGGAAAUGUUGCUCAGGAUCUGGGCUUAAAGGUGACAGAUCUGUUGAGUCGCAGGCUGCGAUUGGGCUCUGAGGAGAAUGGGCGCUAUUUUUCCCUGAGCUUGACGAGUGGUGCUUUGGCAGUGAAUCUAAAGAUUGACCGAGAGAGCCUGUGUGGAGCCAGCAGUAGCUGCCUGCUGCCUGUACAGGUGGUGACCGAACACCCCCUGGAGCUCAUCCGUGUAGAGGUAGAGGUCCUGGAUCUGAAUGACAACUCUCCUAGCUUUGCCACUCCUGAGAGAGAGAUGCGAAUCUCAGAAUCUGCUGCACCAGGGGCCAGAUUCCCACUGGAUAGUGCUCAAGAUCCAGAUGUGGGCACCAACACUGUGAGCUUUUAUACUCUAACCCCCAACAGUCACUUCUCUCUGAAUGUGAAGACCCUGAAAGAUGGCAAGCUAUUCCCAGAGCUAGUGCUAGAGCAGCAGCUAGACCGUGAAGCCCAGGCAAGACAUCAGCUGGUGCUCACUGCUAUGGAUGGGGGAACCCCAGCCCGCUCAGGGACCAGCCUUAUCUCUGUCAUUGUGCUGGACAUCAAUGAUAAUGCUCCAGCCUUCCAGUCCUCAGUUCUACGUGUGGGACUCCCAGAGAACACACCCCCAGGGACACUGCUGCUCCGUCUCAAUGCCACUGAUCCAGAUGAGGGUACCAAUGGCCAACUAGACUACUCUUUUGGAGACCAUACAUCUGAAGCAGUAAAAAAUCUCUUUGGCUUGGAUCCUAGCAGUGGAGCAAUCCAUGUGUUGGGUCCAGUAGAUUUUGAGGAGUCAAAUUUCUAUGAAAUUCAUGCAAGAGCCCGAGAUCAGGGACAGCCGGCCAUGGAGGGCCACUGUGUGAUUCAAGUGGAUGUAGGGGAUGCUAAUGACAAUCCCCCUGAGGUGCUACUGGCAUCUUUGGUCAACCCUGUGCUAGAGAGCACACCAGUGGGCACAGUAGUGGGGUUGUUUAAUGUGCGGGAUCGAGACUCGGGUAGAAAUGGCGAGGUGAACCUGGAUAUAUCUCCAGACCUGCCAUUUCAGAUCAAACCUUCUGAAAACCACUACUCACUGCUCACCAGCCAGCCUUUGGACCGAGAAGCCACACCCCAUUAUAUCAUCGACCUGCUGGCCAGUGAUGCUGGAUCACCUCCCCUACACACACAUCUCACCAUCAGGCUGAACAUUUCAGACGCUAAUGACAACGCACCCCACUUCACCCAUCAGCUCUACACUGCUUAUAUCCCAGAAAAUCGGCCACCAGGCUCUCUCCUCUGCACUGUGGCUGCCUCGGAUCCAGACAUGGGGGAUAAUGCCCGCCUCGCCUACUCUAUUGUAGGAAGUCAAAUUCAGGGAGCCCCAGCCUCCUCCUUUGUGUAUGUCAACCCUGAGGAUGGACGAGUCUUUGCCCAGCGGACCUUUGACUAUGAAUUGCUCCAGAUGCUGCAAAUUGUAGUGGGGGUUCGAGAUUCUGGCUCUCCCCCAUUGCAUGCUAACACAUCCCUCCAUGUGUUUGUCCUUGACCAGAACGAUAAUGCCCCCACUGUGCUGCACCCAAGACCUGGCAGGGAGCUCUCAGCCCCUCAACGUCUCCCUCGCUCUGCUCCUCCUGGUUCUUUGGUCACCAAGGUGACAGCUGUGGAUGCUGAUGCAGGCCACAAUGCAUGGCUCUCUUACUCUCUGUUACCACAGUCCACAGCCCCUGGACUGUUCCUUGUGUCUGCACACACUGGUGAGGUGCGCACUGCCCGGGCCUUAUUGGAGGAAGACUCUGAUACUCAACAGGUGGUGGUCCUGGUGAGGGACAAUGGUGACCCUUCACUGUCCUCCACAGCAACAGUACUGUUGGUUCUGGAGGAUGAGGACGCUGAGGAAAUGCCUAAAUCCAGUGUCUUCCUCACACACCCUCCUGAGCGGUCAGACCUCACCCUUUACCUUAUUGUGGCUUUAGCUGCUGUCAGCCUCUUAUCCUUAGUUACCUUCACUUUCAUGUCAGCUAAGUGUCUGAAGGGACAUGAAGAUGGUGACCGGGGUGGGGGUCAGUGCUGUAGGGGCCAGGAGCCACCCUCCAGGGAGUUCUAUAAGCAGUCCAGCCCCAACCUGCAGGUGAGCUCCGAUGGCACACUAAAGUAUAUGGAGGUGACCCUGCGGCCCACAGACUCGCAGAGCCAUUGCUACAGGACGUGCUUUUCACCAGCCUCCGACGGAAGUGACUUCACUUUCCUCAGGCCCCUCAGCGUUCAGCAGCCCUCAGCCCUGGCUCUGGAAGCGGAGGCCUUGCGUUCCUGCUCUAGUACGCUGAGGGAGCGGAGCCAGGGGAGGGCUGGAUGGCUCCAGCCAACCACAGUGGCCCAGGUGUUCAGCUAG